CUUCACAAAAACUUACAGUUUUAUAUCUUUAUGUUUGAAGCCUGAAAUGUGGCAAAAGGUCGCCAAGUUCAAGGGGGCCGAAUAAUUUCGCAAGGCACUGUAUAUAUAUAACAUUUUUUACUAUUGGAUUAAAUGGUAGUUAAAAUGACUAAAUGGGGAGUCUAUCAAUGUCUGAUGUAUUGGUGACUAAACUAAAUGUAUUUUAUGGAAAACUUGCAUGAAUGACUCAGGGAUGAAAGAUGUGUGAAACCCCAAUGAAUGCAAAAUCAAAGGUUCUGAACAUGAAAUACAAUUGUUUUCAGUUAAGAGUUUUGUACUUAGAGUUUAGAAAAUAUACCACUCACAUCUGAAAAAUGUGCCAAAUUGACUGAACAAAAACUGUAAUAUGAAUGAAUGGUCCAGGUUUGUAUUUCGGAUGAUGGAAUGACUGAUAUGAGAGUAUGGAGAGACUAUGUACGUGUGUGUGUUAGAGUGAGAAAGAGCAAGAGUGAAAGAGUGAGAGAAAGAGAAGUGAGAGAGAGAGAGAGAGAGAGAGAGCGGUGGGACUAAGAUUGGUCACAGGGCUUUUAACCUGAUUGAAGCUAUUAUUAUGCUCUUGAUCAAUUCCUCCAAGUGGCUAUAGACAACAUGUACGCAUGCACACAAAAACACACUCACAGCACAUACAUGUUGUAUAGAAACACAUUCACAUUCCAAUACAGAUACAAGCUGCACCCAUCAUCAUACCUUGUCAUAGUAAAUACUGUAUGUUUCUGAAACCUGCACAGUAUUAUCUCCCUUCUUUCUCUGUGUUUCCAUCCCCACCUCCUCUGUGGUUGCAGAUUCUGCAUGAUAGUCCUAAGGCGCGGCGGGAGAUGGAGCUUCAUUGGAGAGUGUCGGGAGGUCCAUACAUUGUUCGCAUCCUCAGCCUGUAUGACAACAUGCACCAGGGGAGAAAAUGCCUGGUUAUCGUCAUGGAGUGUAUGGAGGGAGGGGAGCUGUUCAGUGGCAUUCAGGCCAAAGGGGACCAGGCUUUCACAGAGAGAGGCUGUGUGGAUUCCCUCCGUUCUACUCUAACACGGGCCAGGCCAUCUCUCCAGGGAUGAAGCAGAGGAUCAGGAUGGGCCAGUACAACUUCCCUAACCCUGAGUGGGCCGAAGUGUCGGAGGAAGGAGGAGAUGACCAGUGCUCUGUCCACCAUGCGUGUGGACUAUGACCAGGUGAAGAUCAAAGAUCUAGACACGUCCAAUAACCCACUGCUCAACAAGCGACCUGCUGCUGGGGGUUUGAGGGAGAGGAGUGAGGAGGGGGAGGUGGUGCGUGAUUAGGAGGAGGAUGCGCAACGGUUUGCAACAGCCAGUGAAAGGCUGAGGGGAAAGGAGAGCGAGGAGGGGAUGUUUUAUUAAAACCUCUAGGCUACUGAUCUUGUGUUUAUAUUACUUAUUUUAUUAAUUCCUCACGGUUUGUUUAAAAGUCAGAAUAGAAACACCCCAAUAUUCUUAGGAGUUGAUAAAGCCCUUCUUUUGAAUUAACGUAAUUACGUCUCCCUCAAAUGCUCGACUGCUUUUUAUAUGACCGGUGUGUCUAAUCCUGAAUGCUGAUUGGUUGAAAGCGCAUUCCAGCGGGGGUUUAUUCCACAAAUUACCACCAGAUAAAUCUAUGACGUUAAAAUGCCUAUUUACUCUGUUCCAUUUGACGGAGCAUUCCACUGUCUCAUCAUCCCAGGCGAGAGAGAGGCAGGCAGCGUUUCUCAGCCAGUCUAAAUAAUGAAUCAGCUGGCAUCAUUUUUAUGGAUAUAUUCAAAGAAAUGUCAAUUGAAAAAAGGUCAAACGAAAAGAAGUGCAGCU